UCUCAAUAUCUCAUCCUCCAAGAUCUCUUCAACGACAAGAUAUCCGCAAAAGCAGCCGCCGACCAACUCGCCGCAUCGACAAACCUAACCCAUUCAUCAAAUCUCGACUGUCUCUGGUAUAUGGUAAUAAGAUGCGCCUACGAGUUUCCCUCCCAACAAGAUAAGCUCGUCGACGCCCUAGUCCAACUGUCCAAACUCCCCGACGCCACGGAAAACGACAAACCCAUCAUUCUGAAUAAUGAAAAAGUCUGGAAAGACAUGCCAUAUCUAGGUUUUGCGUUCCGGGAAGAAUGGAAUAUGUCCGUACCAGAGGGCCCUCAGGAGCAUCGUCAGCGGGCGAUUUGCGAUCUCAUCAAUCGGGACCGAUUCGCUGCGUUGCUGAUGGUGACCGAAGAGCCGGCGUUUAAUUACUCGUGGUUUGCGCUGAUUGCCUUCCGUGAGGCGCUGGAGAGACCGAUAAAACAAUUGGACACCUGGAAUCCGCGCGAGGCGGCGAUUCCGGCGGCAGCAGCGUGGAUUGAGAUUCUGGGGGUGGCCAUAUAUGACUGGGAGGACGAUUGGUCUGGGCGUGUGCGCAGUGCGCCGGGGAGAGGAGGGCCGCUGUGGAAGGGGAAGCAUGGGUUUUGUAGAGAGAGAUGGGCGCUUUGGAGGCAGAGGUUUGGAGAGAUAUCGAGGGGGGAGGGGGAGCUUGGAGAG